AUGAAUAUGGACGAUCCGAAUAUUCAACAACAACAUCCUCAUAAUGAUCAUCAUUACAUACAAGGUUGUGCAGAUGAUGAAUCAGAUACACACUUAAGAACAACUACGACGACGACAACGACAACAUCCUCGAACAAUAAUAAUAAUAAUCUAGAUAAUGAUAAUGAAGAUGUUGAUGAUGAUGUAGUUGAUGCUGCAGAAUCAUUAUCAAGCAUAAAUCAAACAUCAUUAGAGACAACAACAACAACAGCAGCAUCAAUGCAACCAACAACAUCAAUGUCAUUAUCAUCAUCAAAUGUAAACAUUGAUUCAGUUGAUUUGGAUGCAAUUGAUGAUGCAGCAGUAGUAGCAUCAAUCAAAGAUGAGAGUGGCACACAUCAACAUCAUCAACAUCAACAGAAUACAGCAAGUCUGAGUAGCAUUAACAAUAGUAAUGCAAGCGAGGUGAUCGACCUCGAUGACGAAGACCUCGUGGUUGUCGGAGGUGACUUGAACCCAAUAUAUCCAGUGCCCUCAAGAGGUUUAUCCCGUAGUUAUACAUUUAGCGAUGAUGAAGACGAUGACAACGACCAUGGUGGUGACGACGAAGAAGAUGAUGAGGACCUUAGAAUAUAUCAACAUAUUAAUCAACUUAAUCAACAACAUGCACACGACUUUGAAGAGAUGUCUAACAGACCUAUUCAAUCACAGUACCAGGAUAUUUAUGGUCAUGCUCAUGGUCACAACCAUGGCAAUCGAAGAAACAACAACAAUAUGGUCAUAUUCAAUGUCAUCAGUCAGAACCCAGACGUCAUGUGGUACUCCAACAACAAUAGUUCAUGGGUCUCGCAACAACAUCAACAUCCUCGCGCUCCUCGUCCCUUUGCCCCAUUCGUACCAUUGCAGCAGCCUCAAGUGCGCUCAAACAACCCUCAUUCAUAUGUAAAUAGCGAAGAGUUCAAAGGUAUCAUGAACGAGAACAGUGAUGAUGAGUACGAAGAAGACGACGAGGGAUCAGCCGCCAACAAGGACAAUGAGAAGGAGAACAAAGAGAAGAGUGAAGAGGCACAGCCAAAGGUAUCGGUAACAGGCUCAAAGUCAUCAAAUGGCUCCACCAGCCCCAACAAGAAGAAAAAGAAGAAGCUUAGACCUUCAUGUCCAAUCUGCUAUGAGAAACCAGAGAAUGUUGUGUCAACGACAUGUGGUCAUCUGUUCUGUAUGGCCUGUAUACAGAAUGCUCUGAAGAGGAAGAAGAACUGUCCAAUCUGCUCCAAGAGGCUCAAUGGAAGCACACCCUACCAUCCCAUCUACUUC